UUUCCACAGUGCAAUUUUGGUUUGACGUUUCAGUUUACGCUGUGAUCGGAGAAAAUAAUGCUUCUUCGACAUGUUAUUCCCACUAACAACGAUGUGGAGGAAAUCUACAUAGUGAAACAGGAGGAAGAACAAACAGGACCGAACAGCAAUCCUUUGGCUGCGGCUAGUUCCAGCAGACAUGGAGGGUUGCUUCCGACCUCUUUGCUCGAGAACGAAGAUGUUGAAAUUAAAGACGAACCGUUGAGUAUUCACGGGAGUGACGAAGAGGAUGAAGUCUAUGAAAGAUAUGAUCCACCAACACCGUUGCUCCAUCCGAUUCCGGUAGAGAUAAAGCUUGUGAAAGUGGAAGAUAUCCCUAAAAAGUUGGAACUCUUAGUGAAGAAUGAGCAGGAACAUCCGGUACAACAAGCUACGAAGGAAAAUAAACCUGAGUUGCAGAAAACUCAAGAUCAUUUGAGGGAUGUGAAAAGGGAAACAAGUGUCAGCUCGGAUGGUGAUUGGGCAAGAGAUGAUUGUGUCCCACUGGCCAAGAGGGUUCAGAAAUCGACACGAGGGCGCAGACGAAAAGUGGAUGUCAAAAAAGAGAAAAACGACACUGAUUCGGAAGUGAGCUUGGAUGGUCACACCGAUGAUUACGACUACAAACCCCCUCUAGAUGGCAUCAAAAAGGAAAAGAAGCAACGGAAAAGACAACGCAAGAAAGUUAAAUCCGACGUGGAGAAAGACGGAAGCGAAGAAUCCGAAGGUGAAGAUGUUGUCAAAUGCUUCAUAUGCGUGAGCGAUCUGAAGGAACCCUGGGAGUUGAUUAAGCAUUUGAGAAGGGAGCAUAAAGGCCUGCUUCCCUUCAAAUGUGCUGUUUGUGUAUCUAGGGAAAUUCACAAAUUGAAGGAGCUGAAUUUACACUUCCGGCAACACGAUGAAAACAGAAAACACAAAUGCUUGUAUUGUGCAGCACGAUUCCAUUCCGCCCAGGCGCAAAGCAGUCACAUGCGGCGGAUGCACAACGAAAAGUACAACAUGGAUAUGGAAAAGUAUCGUCGAUUCGUAUGUCGCUUCUGUGGUAAGAAAUUUACCAAGAAACAUGACCAUGAGACUCACGAGAAACGUCACAUAAGAGAAAACACGAACGACGCAGAAUUCCUGAAAAGGGAACUAAAGUGCUAUAUUUGUAAUGACUUUGUGGGAGGCUCGAGAGAAGAUCUUAACACACAUGUAACAUUGCACAACAAAGAGUGGCUUCCAUAUCACUGCCAAAAGUGUGACAACAAAAAGAUUACGACCGCUCGUGUCCUUUGCGAGCAUCUUCGUCAGCAUGAAGAGGGAUUGGCGGUCAAAUGUGUGUAUUGUGAGGAGCGAUUUGUUACUUUGGCUGCUUGUCAGGCCCAUGAGCGGAGUCAUGCUGCAGAAAAGGAAGCUGAUGAACUCCUGGAUGCAAAGAUUAUUGCGGAAACCCACAACGCUAAUGUGGUUGUUGUUGAUGGACAGAAGCGUUUCCAGUGUGACAAAUGUGAUCGAUCGUACACUCUCUUCAGUAGUCUUAGAAAACAUCAGAAUCUACACACAAAAAGCAAUGCUUUCGUUUGCUCGAAAUGUGGUAGGGCUUUCAUUAAAGCCUCUUCGUUAGCGCUCCACGAGAGACGAAAUCACGACGAGAACGCAAACUUUUCCUGUGAAGGAUGUGGCAAAACGUUCCGAACGAUUGGUCAUUUGCUGGACCAUAGAACUCGAACACAACAUUACGCUGGAAAGCCCUAUAUCUGCGAGGGUUGUACGACGACAUUUCGCUUACCGGAAGAGCUUAAGGAGCAUCAGGAGACAUGCUCGGAAACAGAAGCGAAUCGACCAUGCUUUUGUGGCCUUUGUUCUAAUAAUUUCGAUUCGUUGGCGCAAGCGUUGGAACAUGUGAAAAUUGAUCACGAUCCUGAGAUCCCGGAAACUAAGUGCCGAUACUGCGAUUUGACUUUUCGCGAUGCAGAGCGAAUUGUGGAACAUGAGUUCAAACACACGUUGCCGGGUAUAAUGACAUGUACACUCUGUAACCGGAUUUUCAAACAUUUGAAAAACUUGCAAUGUCACAUGAAAAACCAUGGGAAGGCAUCGAUUCCGUUUAUGUGUGAUAUCUGUGGGAAGACAUUUACCCAGAAGGGCACACUUACGAUACACACCAGGUUGCACACGGGAGAACGGCCGUAUACUUGUCAGCUUUGUCAGAAAGGUUUCGUGGAUAAGAAUGAGAUGCGACGCCAUUACAAUAUGCAUUUCAAUCCACAAAGCAAGUUGUACAUUCCAAACGCGGAGCAGAUCGCUUCCCCGGUGGAUAUAGGGGCACAGGGCAAGAAGUACAAGCAAUAUACCUGCAAGAUUUGUGGCCGUCAACUUACCACCUCGACUGCAUUAGCGAAACACAUUACAACACAUACGGGUGAGAAAAAAUAUCAAUGUGAUUUCUGCGAUAAGCGUUUUGCUCAGGGUGGACAACUGACGGUUCACCGAAGAAUACAUACCGGUGAGCGGCCGUUUGCGUGUGAGAAUUGUGGCCAGCGUUUCGUUGGAGGAAGCAACUAUAAGCGACAUGUGAAGCAAAGUAUGUGUAAACCUGUGCUUCCUGAGUUGGUGGCAAAUUUGCCAAACCCAACCAUUGUGGAUGGAAUGCCCAUCGUCGAUGAAAUGGACAGCGAGGAAAGGAUUUACCCUGUUCUUGUAGAAAUGAUUUAGGUUCGAAUAUCAUAGAAUUUGUAACAUAAAUAUUAGUUUCUCCAAACUGAGGGCGCAUCAAGCAUUACAUUAAGAUAGUUUGUCAGUUGAAGUGAAUUAUCAAGGCGGAAAUUUUUGUUUUAAGCAUGACAUUUUUAGCUAUAUGCGUAUACAUAUAUGCCUGUACCGAUUGUGAAAAAAACGCCAACGUCGCGGUAAUAAAAUUGUG